CUCGCCGCCGUGGCUGCAUUCUGGGCGUCCACCUCAAGGGAAUGGCCAGCUCUUCGCAACCUAUAGCGGUCGGUGGCCGUGUGAAAGGUCGUCAUGUUGUUGCAUCAUUAUUCAAUCGUCGAUUCUCAGGCGCCUCCGCUCCAACUGCCCCUGUUCUAGCGCUACAAGUUGUUGCCGCACCAAGCCCAACCAUACCCCCCGAUCCUGCUACGGCUGGCUCAACACUAACCCAGAGCACUGUAGAGCCUGAUCUCUGGCUUGAAGCUUAUCAAAAGGCGGACGAGAGGACGAGAAAGUGGAUCGGGAAGCUUUCCCCAAGUCACGACGACGCAGCGCACGUUAAGGAACUGGUGGCCCUCGUUCGGAAAAGAGAGCAAGAAUACAAGAACACGACGCCAAAGAUCAAGGUUGGAGACCGCGAGAUCAUAUGGAGGGACCACGCAGAUCGGGUGGUGGCGUGGAUGACGGCAAUUGGCGACAUCGCGGUCCAGUUCGCCCCUGCGCCAUGCUCGGCGAUAUGGGCAGCUCUGAAAGUCCUUCUGGAGGCAAAUGUCUCUCAAUGUGAGGACCUUGUCGCCAUCUUCGGGUGUGCCGAAAGAGUUCUCCGUCUGGUGAGGAGGGGCAAGGUCUACGUGAGUGUGUACAUUGUCGGAGCUGGUGCCAAUAUCGCAACGGAGGAUCUGCGAAAGGCAAUUGUAGAUCUUUACAGAAAGGCGCUUGAGCUCUUAGCCAACGCGGGUAAGCUUUUCGAAGAGGGCUGGGGAAAGAAGUUCCUCCGCGCUCUCGUCGACCCGGUACAGGGUGAACAGUUAGUGUCGGACCUCUCUCGGCUCGAACAAGACUUGACGGCGGCAUCUCAAGCCUGCGGAGCAGUCCUCGCAGCCGAGAAUAAGGCGCUUUUGCAAAGUCUCGAUACGCCGCUCCGCCACGUUGACGAUGGAAUACGAGAGCUGCUUGAAAAUAUCGAUGAGGCACAACUACGCGAGGCCCUGGAGUAUAUCAGUCCUAUCCGAUUUGGCAACCACCAUCAAAGCAAGCAUGAUGCGAGGACUUUAGGGACGUGUGAGUGGUUGUUGAAGCACCCUAUAUUCCUCGAAUGGGAAGAGUCCAGCUCAUCGUCGAUCCUAUGGCUCCGUGGUCAGAUGGGUGCCGGAAAAUCGUACCUCGCAUCGAGAGUCAUUGAUCGCUACCGGGUUGACCCCGGAUUGUCCGGUGACCGAGAACGCAAGUGCGACGAGGGCUUUGCGUUCUUCUAUUGUAACCAAGAAGACCCGGCCCUUCAGGAACCCCAGUCGAUUCUUCGGAGUUAUGUUCGUCAGCUAGCGACGCUUCCACGUUAUCCCCAGAAAGUACAAACCCGGGUUCUGGAGCACUACCGAGUUGCUCAUAAACUCGGCAAAGCAUUAAGCCUCGAUGAUUGUAAGCAGGCAUUGUCUGAGCUAUUGGAUGUCUACCCUCGAACCAUCUUGGUUCUGGACGCUCUAGACGAAUGCGACAAGUGGUCUAGGGACAGCCUCAUCCGAAUUCUAGCAACGUUGGUUAAGGAGGCGAACCGUCCCGUCAAGCUGUUCGUUUCGAGCCGAAAAGAAGGAGACAUUGAAAAACUCCUCCCUUGGAAGAGCCUCAUUGAGAUCACCCCCGAGCACAGCGGAGCCGAUAUUGAAAAGUACAUUGACGAAGAGGUCGCCAAGAUGGACUUGGGCUGGGCUUCAAUUUCGCCCGAGGUCAGACGGCAAGUCAAGACAACCAUAUGUGCGCGCAGCAACGGGAUGUUCAGGUGGGCGUAUCUACAAAUGCAGCAGCUCAGGGAUUUACAAUCCGAGGAGAACAUCCGCGCGCGACUCGGUAAUCUUCCCGAGGAUCUGUGGGCUGCAUAUGACGAACUGUAUCACAACAAUGUAGGGCACGACCGAACCAUCCUGGAGCGGGCAGCCAAAUGGCUAAUGUGCGCUGACGGUUCCUUGUCGAUCGGCGUACUGCUCCCAGCUGUUCGAUUGGGCGUGACAAUCGACGACGACGGCCAAGAAGCUCUUGAAAUAUUGAGCACGCUGGCCGAGUCGACGUUGGAACAUAUUUGCCGCCACUUAAUGAUUGUCGAAGGCAAGCAAUGGCGUUUUUCUCAUGCAUCCGUCGUGGAUUACUUUAAGCGACGCUGGACAAGGCAGGAUGCCCGUUCCCAAGUGGCACACUUGUCUCUGUUAUGUCUCAUCGAAGGCUUCUCGAAGCGACCUGGUUUCCGCGCCCCGAAGCUGUGGCAACUUAAUCAACGAGACCUUGAAGCUAGCUUUUUUGGAUACAUACUAGUCACUUGGGCUCAGCUCGUCCCAGCCGUCUUGAGUCAGCAGCCAGGGAACAUGGCCGUCUCGCGGACUCUCAAGCGGUUUUUGGGGUCUGGAGGCGGGGGCCUCCAUUCUAGUCAACAAUACCGAGAUUGGGCUAUGCGCCAUCAGGAUCUGCGGAAGUACGAGCCCGGCCUACGGAUAUUAUUCGAUGCGAAAGACUUGGAACCGAUAGAUAGCCCUGUCUUCGCGAUAUGCAUCUUUGGCCUUUACAAUGGCCUCAAAGACUGGUGGGACGAAGCCAUCGACGUCUCACAGGUCAACAACGCAGGACUGGAUUUGCUCGCAAUUGCCGCAAAGUAUGGCCACGAGGAACUUUGCGACGCAAUCAUUGCGCGAGGAGGCAAUGUGAACAGACGUUUGAGUAGCGUCUUGGGAAGCGCAUUGGCUGAAGCUGUUGACAGAUCACAAGUCGGGACGAUGAAACUACUUCUUUCAAACGGCGCAGAUCUGAAUCUCGGCAACGUGAAGCCCCUCUGCAUCGCCGCCCGUGGAAGAGAUAAAUCUGAGCUUGUCGAAAUGUUUCUCAAGGCAGGAGCAGACCCAAACCUCCAAUGUGGCCAGGGUUGCGAUUACGGCUGCCCUCUAGAAGUCGUAUGCCACCAGGGCGACUUGAAGCUGGCAAGGCUCCUCAUCGAGUAUGGAGCAAAUGUUAACCUCAACACCACGAACGGCCGUUUUGGGAGUCCUCUCGUAGCAGCUGCCGCGGGGUAUACGGCCGUGUGUGAUGAGCUGUUGAUCAAGCAUGGCGCCGACGUGAAUGCUCGUCUGGAGUGUGGACUAUAUGGCAGCCCUCUCGCGGCUGCUGUUGCUGGGUCUUGGGGGUCGGUCGACAGGCUCAGGUAUCUGAUCGAAGAUGACGGUGGGGAUGCCACGUCGGCGUCCUGGCGUCUACCUGGAGACACAUGGAUACAUGACGAAUGGGAGCCAUGGAUAGAUGAGGAUGAGGCGAUAUCGUGGGGUUGGGUUCCAAUCCAGAUGAGGAAAGACAUGGCAGCAUUUCUUAUGGAGAAGGGGGUGCGGAAGAGUGUUCUGAUCAAGAUGGGUUUCUGGGAAGAUGACUUGCAACAAGAUUGAGGGUCAGCUGAUGUAGAGCUCCUCGAGCACCAUCUAGCCAAGUUGGAUGCCUAUUCCACACGGAGGACACUGUGCUGGUAUUUGCUACAGAGUACUAGGGAUAUGGCCAUCACUCCGUUCGGGCUUAUCCCCUGGCCGAUGAAGUGUUAUUCAG